AUUAAAGUUAUGAUUAAUCCAUAAAGUUCUAUUUCGAUGACACGGUGUCGUAUUUGAAGCGACGUGGCAAAUCCUUAUUGGUCUAUAUGACGCAGAACGGGAAUUGCUCUGAAGAAUCCUUUCUCAGGCGAACGGAGUUUGGAGUCAAAAUCCAGAGCGCGGGGAAACGAAACGAGCCAACAAAUCCGCCAUGGCAGCUCGUAAGAGAGCUUCAUCGAUCUCAAUUCCCAACAAACCGGACCCGUCGGAACCCAACUCAGCGCCAUCGGAGCAGAAGAUGACCCGAAAGACGGUUUCUGCUUCCGGUGAGGAAUUUCGUCUCGCGCCGCCGAAAUUAGGAGUGAUCUUCGUGAUCUCUACUCUUCUCUGUUCGCUCUAUCUAUACCUUCUCUGUUUUCACUACAAGGUUGAUAAUGAGCUCAAGCGAUCGAUUCUAAUUAACGCGGGGCUUAGCUUGGUUGGGUUUUUCGUCACUCUCAAAAUGAUUCCUGUUACUGCCAGAUACGUUCUGAGACGUAACAUGUUUGGUUUUGAUAUCAACAAAAGAGGCACGCCUCAAGGAGAUAUUAAAGUGCCAGAGUCAUUGGGUAUUGUUGUUGGUAUUGUCUUUUUGAUCGUGGCGAUAAUAUUUCAGUAUUUUAACUUCACUGAAGAUUCUAAUUGGCUUGUGGAGUAUAAUGCAGCACUAGCAUCUAUUUGCUUCAUGAUUUUGCUUGGAUUUGUAGAUGAUGUCCUUGAUGUGCCUUGGAGAGUAAAGCUUGUCCUGCCAUCUUUUGCUACCCUUCCACUUUUGAUGGCUUAUGCUGGUCAUACAACUAUUGUUAUACCAAAACCUCUUGUUGCUUAUAUUGGCUUGGAAGUGCUUAAUCUAGGAAGGAUAUAUAAGUUAUAUAUGGGGCUACUUGCUGUCUUUUGUACAAACUCUAUUAACAUCCACGCUGGUCUGAAUGGCCUUGAAAUCGGUCAAACAGUUGUUAUUGCCGCUGCUAUCCUGAUACACAACGUUAUGCAAAUCGGAGCAUCUGUUGAUCCCGAGUAUCACCAAGCUCAUGCCUUCUCGAUAUUUCUUACUCAACCGCUGAUGGCCACAUCCUUGGCAAUGCUUGCUUACAAUUGGUAUCCUUCUUCAGUUUUUGUUGGAGACACUUACACAGUCUUCGCCGGAAUGACUAUGGCAGUUGUUGGUAUUCUGGGUCACUUCAGUGAAACCCUCCUCAUCUUCUUUCUUCCUCAAGUUCUGAACUUUCUAUUAUCGCUUCCUCAGCUUGCUGGGAUUGUGAAAUGUCCGCGCCAUCGUCUCCCAAGGUAUGAUCCUGCUACCGGAUUACUGACCGGCACAAAAGAUGGGACACUCGUCAAUGUUUACUUGAGGUUGUUUGGUCCUAAAUCAGAAAAGUCUCUUUGCAUCCAUCUUCUCGUUUUCCAGGCUCUAGCCUGCGCCUUCUGCUUCAUACUUCGACACUUUCUUGCUGGUUGGUAUAAAUAGUCUGCAAUCAGAGAAGUCACAAAUACAGAACAUUACUUUAGUACCUUGUACAAUCGUAUAUAUCAACAAUUUUUGUUAACGUGUUGAAGUAUUCUCAAGUAAACAAAGUUCAUUCAUUUGCUUUUUGUUGAACGAAAUGGCAAAAUUUUCAAGACAAUGUAUCAGCAUCCUGAGUUUCUAU